UUUUUUAUUCCACUGGCAAAUGCUUAUUUACCGAUUCACAUAUUCCUUUAUCAUUUCCUCUGUAUCACCGGUGUAUUUGCUAAUCUUGCAAUUGUCGUAGUAUUACUAAGGCCAGCAAUGCGACGAAAUCAUUUCAAUGCCUUUUUAAUUGCAAUUGCAUUAUGUGAUAUGACAUUAAUGGCUUCUUAUUUCAUUUUCAAACAG